AUAAAUAACCCUGCAGGUGACCUCUGACCCCAGUUCUGAAAACAGUCCCAACAUCUUCACCACAGAGCGAGAUGUGACGAAUGUGACACCCAACCCAGCUCUCCUCCACACCAUGGAGCGCGAACUGCUGUGGAGAUACCUCCUCCAUCUCUCUGCGACUGUGGGGGCAUUAAUCCCCAAUCCAUUGAUCCCGAUCACAGCACGUAGCGGCUCCUCAUUGGACGCCACCGUGAUUGGCUGAGGAGGGAAGGAGAGAGGGAGGCCGGGCGAAACCAUUCAUCCGGACGAUGCUGCGACUGGAAAAUGUGAAGAUUAAUGAGCUCUAGUGGACAUGUAGAUUCGGAUUUCCGAGAGGAUUACGGGCGUGCGUCCGCAUUAGAUAGCGAUAGGUUACAAAUCGGGGUAAUUUCGCGUUGGAUGAGCCUGUUAAUCUCGCAGCGAUCGGCGGUGGAUCCCCUCAGUUCCUCCCCCCUCCCUCCCGCACAUCCCUGCGCACAAACAGAGGAACAGGCGCUGAGGAUGCGGGGAUGAUUGUGGUGACGCUGCGAUGGGAAACCUGCGAAGAUGGAUGGCGAAAUACAAACAACAAUGAGGAUCCGGUUUGAGUUUCUUUUCUAAUCGCUGUUUUUUUAAAAUUUCAUUUUCCCUCCCCGGACACUAUUUGGCGAUGAUGAGGCUCGUGCAGCUGUGGGUGCUGCUGAUCCAGAGCGGGUGGUGGGGGGUCGCGCCGAGCCCCACCGAUGAAGGAGCGCUCCGGGCCGGCCACGGGGAGCACGGAGAGCCGGGGCACCAGGAGCCGCACAAGGACUCCUACAGCACCUUCGCCUCCGAGUUCCUGGAGUCCAGAUAUCUGUCCGAUGACGGUUAUCCCUUCCCCACCGCCCCACCAGUGGAUCCCUUCGCCAAGAUCAAAGUCAGUGACUGUGGAGUUACCAAAGGCUGCAUCAGAUAUGGGAAGCCGGGGUGCGAUGCAGAGUCGUGUGACUACUUCCUGAGUUACCGCCGCAUUGGGACAGAUGUGGAGUAUGAGAUGAGCGCAGACACAGACGGCUGGGUGGCCGUAGGUUUCUCCUCUGACAAGAAAAUGGGAGGGGACGAUGUCAUGGGCUGUGUCCACGACGACAACGGGCGCGUGCGGAUCCAUCACUUCUACAAUGUCGGCCAGUGGGCGAAGGAAAUCAAGAGGAACCCUGCUAGAGAUGAAGAGGGCGUUUUCGAAAACAACCGGGUGACCUGCCGUUUCAAACGGCCGCUUUACGUCCCCAGAGAGGAAACACUUGUGGACUUACACCUGUCGUGGUAUUACCUGUUUGCAUGGGGACCUGCCAUACAAGGUUCCAUCACGAGGCAUGACAUCGACAGCCCGCCCGUCAGCGACCACAUGAUCAGUAUCUAUAAGUAUGAGGACCUCUUCAUGCCUUCCACAGCCUACCAGACCUUCAACUCACCGCUCUGCUUACUGCUCAUAGUAGCGCUCACCUUCUAUUUACUAAUGGGGACGCCGUAAUGAAGCCCAGCAGAUCACACAGCGGAGAAAACAGGGGAGAGAGGGUGAAGCAGCAAUAAAGAUUAGUUGCCAUUUUUGUCUGAUGCCACACUGAAGUGUGCAAUUUGCACAAAGAGACACUGUAUUAGAUAUGAUAAACACAAUAGAGAGUAUAUAUUCAUUACUCUGAGCUCAUCUUGCUAAAGUAUUAAGCCUAUAAUCUAGAGGUGUCAUGUACUGGUGUCAGUACAAGCAAGAGGUUUGAUAAGAGUAGUGUUCUAGUAUAUAUAGGCCAGUUAUUUUCAGUAUUUACGAUAGCUUCCAAGCAUUUAAAAAGAAUAUGAGGACGACACACGGCAGUAAAUAAACCUCACAAGUCUUCAGAACACUGCAUGCACCGGGAAAUCUGGGAAUGAUUUCAAAUACCCACUGUCCACUGGUGAUGGGAUGACGGUGCCUCGUCUAGAACUUGGCUUAGACACAAAGGUUUUCAGGGGGACAAAGGGAGAAGCUCACAGCUGUUUGCACACUCACUUCCUGUCCCUAUACCCCGUUAUGUUAAUGUGGAUAUCAUCCUUUGCAAAAAGAAAAAAGACAGGUUAUUUGUUGGUUCUCACAAUCACAAAAUAUUUUUUUCCAAGUGACAGUAUGUGUUUACCAUGUUAAUUUGACUUUUUCUCACGUUUCCAUAAUUUCCUUUUCCUUUUCUGCUCCCCCCUCCCCCCUUUUAUCAACCACAGUGGCUGUUGGGUUUGUUUAUCAGUACUGUGGCACUGUUACUGUGUCUAACAGACAGAGAGAGACUGUGACAUGAGUUACUAUUGCCUUCAGCAAGCAAUAACACACUGGACAGGAGCAAAUUGUCGACUGAAGCUCAAUUUGCUUGCCUGGACAUGGACUUAUUUUCCCCCCCAUGCUGUUAUUGUAGCCUUUUGAUCUGUAUUAAAAAUGGAUGCAUAUGUUAAAAACCCA